CUGAUUUUGUUUGUGUAAUUUAUUGAAGAGGAGAAUGCAGUAUUUUUUUGUAGUAUCGUAAAGAAAUUUACGGAAAUUAUUCGUAAUAUAAAAUUCAAGUUGAACUGUCGAAGAAGAAAUAAAUCGCCAUAAUCGCAGAUAUUUUGGAUUUAGAAAAUACACCGAGUGCAGAAGCAGGAAAUAUUUUUGUUUAAGAAAAAAUAACAAAAAAAAAAAAAGGCCGAAAAAACCUAGAUGCGUAGAGCUGUGCAAAAUGGAAACCAACCUAAAUAGGGUUUUAAAUCAAGGAGUCAGGCACCAAUUAAAUGGACUAUUAUGUAAAUAUACGAAUGUAAUGAAAGGAUGGCAGUAUCGAUGGUUUAGCGUUGAUCCUCAAAGUGGUGUUCUUAGUUAUUAUUUAAUUGACUCUACAUCUUCGGGUGAUGAUGUGCAUCCACCUGCCCAUGUUCUUUCGGGCGCCCCCCGCGGUCAAGUUCACUUGGCCGGUGCAGUUGUUUGCCCCAGUGAUGAGGAUUCGCGGACGUUUUCAAUAGGCUGCGCCUCGGGCGACACUCUUAAAUUAAGGGCAUCAGAUGCGCGUGCGCGGCAAGAGUGGGUUGACGGUUUGAGGGCUGUUGUGGAGAGUCAUACAAAAGCCAUGGAUAUAAAUAAUUCAACGCCUCUGCCGCCGCGUGAAUUGCUUGCGGCAUCAGAUGCCAUGGUCUCGGCUAGACAGGCGCUCUAUUUAACUGAACAAUGCAAUGCUUCCUUGGCUCGUACUAUCGAAAAUAUGGAAUGUGCAACAUUUUCACCUACAGAUCCUGAUUUAUUAAUAUUAAAGGCAAUAUCAGCAGCAAGUACACAGUGUUUACAUCAAUGUCUUAGCCUUUUGCAGCGCCACCAAGAAAUUCAAAACUUGCGUUCAGAGGUUAUUAGUAUUAAUUAGUUUCUAAUAUAAGUAAACAUAAUUGAAAUUCAGAUGAAAUGUAUUGCGAAAGACAUCACCAUAAAUUAUGAAUAUAUAUAUAUAUACCUUCUUAUCUUAUAUUAGUAGGAAUUUGGAUAUUGUUCAAUGUGUCUGUUUCCAAUUUUUAAAUAAAUUUUUUUUAAUUUCAA